CACUUUGCUCCUACCUUUUCUUCCUCAAAAUUUGAAGAUUAAUCAGUUACAAUUCAACUGAUCAUCAUAUAAAAAUUCACUCAAGUAACAUAUGUUCUAACUUAUUUCCACCAGAGAGAAUUUCUAUUUUAUAGGAAUAAAAAUAUUAUUAUAUAGUACCCUUAAAAACAUUAUAUAGUAUGAGCGUGAUUCAAGGAUUUUGUGCUAGAUCAUCGAAAUCAUGGAAGGAAAAAGAGAGAGCCUUGAAUGACAUAGUUUCAAGCAGCAUGGUGGGCAAGUACUUCAAGUUAGAAGAAAGAAAGAGUUGUUUCACUAGGGAGCUAAGGGCAGCCACCACCACUUUCCUUGCCAUGGCUUAUGUCAUCACGGUCAUCUCCACCGUACUCGCUUCCACCGGCGGCACAUGCUUGGCCACACCUGUGCUCAACAAUGAGUACAAGGAGUGUGUUUUAGUGGUAAAAAAUGACUUGGUGGUGGCUGUUUCGUUGGCGGCAUUGUUGGGCUGCUUCGCUAUGGGCCUUUUGGCCAACCUACCCUUUGGGCUGGCCCCCGGAACAGGCCAAAGCAUGUAUAUGGCCUACAACUUGGUAGGCCUUAACGGAACUGGGCCCAUGACAUAUUCAAAUGCAUUAGGCCUAUGGAUGGUUGAGGCCUUGGUCUUCUUAGUGAUCUCGGGCUCCGGGCUCCGAUCCAAGUUGGGGAGACUCAUCCCCCCUUCAGUCCGGCUUGCUUGUGCUGUAGGAAUUGGUUUGUUCAUGGCUUUUGUUGGCCUUCAAGCCCAACAAGGAGUGGGGAUAAUUGGGCCUGACCCAAACUCACUUGUGACAAUCCAGCAUCUGAACAGCCCAACUUUAUGGUUAGGCAUAGUGGGCUUUCUGAUUAUGAGCUAUGGACUGGCCCAUGAGGUAAAAGGUAGUAUGAUAUAUGGGAUUCUUUUUGUGACCUUAAUUUCAUGGUUUAGGGGUACCCCAGUUACAUACUUCCCUAAAACUAAUGAUGGAGAAGCAAGGUACAAGUAUUUCAAAAAGGUGGUAGAUUUUCACAAGAUCCACAAAAUAGCUGGUAAAAUCAGUUUCAGUGCUUUUACUAAAGGUAGUACUUGGGUGUCACUUUUCACCUUGCUAUACAUUGACAUUCUUGCAACCACAGGAGCAUUAUACACCUUAGCUGAAAUAGGAGAGUUCACAGAUGACCAAGGAUCAUUCGAGAACGAAUACAUAGCCUACAUGAUCGAUGCAUCAAUAACAGUUGUGGGGUCUGCUCUCGGUGUUCCUCCAGUGGCAACAUAUGCAGAGUCGUCAACCGGCAUCAAGGAAGGAGGGCGGACGGGACUCACUGCAGUGAUCAUAGGGGUAUAUUUUUCUCUAUCCCUAUUUUUCGCGCCACUCUUAACUAGUGUACCUCCAUGGGCAAUAGGCCCAUCUUUGGUUAUGGUUGGGGUGAUCAUGAUGAAGGUGGCAAAAGACAUAGAUUGGGGAAAUAUAAGAGAAGCAGUUCCUGCUUUUAUAACCAUAAUUCUGAUGCCGUUAACUUCUUCAAUACCAAAUGGGAUAGUUGGAGGCAUUGGAAUUUAUGCUAUGCUUCACGUUUAUGAUUGGAUUACUUGGCUGGUUAAAGUGGUGAUGAAGCUCAGUAGGAAGAAUGCAAUAGAAAGUGAUGAUAAUGGAGCAGAUAACACCACUGCUAUUCCUUGAGUCUCUGUUAAACAUUGCACCCCAAAAUUUGUACUCGUACUUAGACUCCGUUUGGUAGGGCGUAAAACAUUUUCAGUGUAAAAUGAUUUUCAUGGAAAAUAAUUUACAAUGAAAAACACAAUUCCAAAAUUAGUUUUCCGUUGUUUAGUUCCAUGUAAGAAAAAUAAUGAAAUGAAAGAAAUAUGAAAGGGAAAGUAAGGAGGUAGUGAGAGAGGACUA